GCAAUUAUCCAUAUAACUUGGGUGGUUGGUGAAUUUGUCAGCAGCUUGCUUGCCUGGCAACACCCCCCCUAUAUACAGUCGAGUAAGCAGCUGGCUAUAAAACCAAGCUCUUACAUCCACUCAAUUAGAAAAUAGUACCUUAUUGACUGUGAAAAAGAAACCCUUUUCUCUGUCCUCAGACAUCAGACAUCAUGGCGCAGGGAAUGGAGGAAGGGUACAUUGCCCUCCCGUCGAAACCUUCAGCAACGAUCAGUUACAGUUUCAUUCCAGGUACCUCAUUGCCAUCACCGCGGACGAGGCUCGUCGUCUUUUUAAACGGCUUAAUGCUCCCCAAAAUACUCUGGCUUCCUGUGACCAGAGCCCUCAUAUCCAAAGGGGAGCACGAUGAAAAGGGCUAUCCAUCUAUGCUCUGUUAUGACCGAUACGGGCAGGGUGCAACUACCGAUAAAGACCCGGCCGACAGGAGCGGAGAUGGUCAUGGCCACGAUGUGUCUGACGCGGUAGCUGACUUACACGAACUCAUCAAAUGCAUUGCUGCUACGAAACUGGAUAUUGCAGAGAGCGACUUUGGAAGCCUCGACUUAGUAUUCGUCUGCAACUCCAUUGGGUGCGCUAUCGCGCGUCUCUACGCUCAGACAUAUCCAAACACUGUGUCCGGGCUUCUCUUCUUAGACUCUAUCAUGGCAAAUUCAGAUUUCGUAUCCAUUUGGCCCGACCCAGAUGCGGCGGAUUUUGAUGCAAAUGCACUUCCGAAGGGCGUGACUGUUGAGGAUAUUAGGGUUGCAUGUGAGAAGUCUGGUGCCAUGUUCCAUCCCAGCGUUCCUAAUAGUGAAGGAUUGAGUCGAAGAAACUUGGCUCAACUCCUCCCUUAUUCCGAUGGGCCUCAGUUAGUAGGGCCUAGGAACGGGACACCGUUGUUGACGGUUGUGGGACAUGACUGGGAGGCAUUUGCGCAAGAGGGUUUGGAGCGCACUAGGACCCCCAUUGCUCUUACAAUGAAUUAUACAAACCCAUAUUGGCACCGGUACAAUCAAGACUUGGUGAACAUUGUUCCACCCAGUCAAAGAAGGGGCCCUAUUUUUGCAAAAGGUUGUGGUCAUUUCAUCCAACGAGACGAUCCAUUGUUUGUUGCAGAGGAGCUUUCUCUUCUGUUGAAGUGGAUGGACGCUCGGGAUAUAUAAAAGAAACCGAUGUUGCGACCCCAUCCAGAUGGAUUUCAGCACGGUAGAAUGAAAUUCAAACUCGUAACGACAAAGAUGAAUUGGUACUUGUG